CAAAGAGAACCAGGCUGUGCUGAAGGCAGCGAGGGCCAUUUCCUGGCAUGGCUGGCCAAGACCAAGCAGCCCAGGGAGAGACCUGAAGCAGACUCUGCAAGAAAAGGACACGGGGGUUCGCCAGGAAGGGGAGGGGAGAACAUGGAUUCUCGCCAACAGCCUCCAGUCUUGCGACUCCACAAUGGUUUCUGGUAACCUGCCUGUUCUGGCAAUUCUGCUGAUGCCCCUUGUCCUCUGGGGCUCUGAAGACCCCCAGCUGGCCACAGCUCCAGGGAUUGGCAAGGCUGACCCGAAGCAGGUUCCUAUUCAGUCCCUCCAAGCCAUCCUGUUAAGACGCUUGGGCUUACAAAGGCGGCCCCAGCCCAAGCCAGGACUUCCAGUCCCCCAAUACCUCCUGGAUCUGUAUCACUUCUGCUUGGGAAAGGUUCUCGCCUCUUUCUCGGAUUUGGAGCGGCCCUUCCUAGAGGAACGAGCAAGAACAGCUAACACCGUGCGUGCAUUCCACCAUGUCGAGAAUUUGGACCCCGUCCCUGAAAUAGCAGGAAGUUCAUUCUACUUCCUGUUCAACCUUACAUUGCUUCCUGAAGAGGAGGAGCUAACGGCCCUGGAGUUGCGUCUCUACCAUUCUCAAAAAGAGAGGGGGGGUUUCCACAUAAGCAUCUACCACGCGAUGGAUCCCCCAUCCGUUUCCAAGAACAGGAGCGGACUCCUCGUCCGCAAAUUCUUGGCAUUCACCCAGCCCAAGUGGGAGAGUUUUGAAGUCACUGCUGCUUUCAAGAGGUCAAAGGAACAGAAGAGCCACCACAUUGGGAUUCUCGUGGAGGUGGAGCACUCAAACAGCAGCCACGAGCUUUGGCAUCAAGCCCCGCUUCGAGCGAGGCGGUCUCCUGGAGAGGAGGCAGCACAGUGGGCCCUAGAGAGGCCUUUGCUGGUCACCUACAGCCACGACAGGAAAGGGCAGCCUUUGACUCAUGGAAAAAGGCCAAGCAAAAGCCAGCCUAACAGACUAACCCAAAGAGGAGGCAGGAGAACCUUGAAAACUCCAGCCUCCAGGAGCAAGCGCAAGAGCCUGAAGCCAAAGACUAAAGCCAGUGUGCGAUGCAGGCGGCACCGCCUUUUUGUAGAUUUCAAAGAGGUUGGGUGGAACGACUGGAUCGUGGCCCCCAGUGGCUACCAUGCCUUCUACUGCUCCGGGGAAUGCCGAUUUCCACUGGCCGACCACAUGAACACCUCUAGUCACGCUGUGGUGCAGACCAUGUUGAACUCGAUGAAUUCCCGAGUGCCCAGAGCGUGUUGCAUUCCAACAGAUCUCAGCCCUAUCGCUAUGCUCUAUCUGGAUCAAUAUGACAUGGUGGUCCUAAAGACCUACCAGGACAUGGUGGUAGAAGGCUGUGGGUGCCGUUAGAAGCUACCAAAAGUGGUGGGGGUGGGGGUGUCACCCCGUGAAACUGAUGGGCAAUAAACAAGGGUUGUCCAACAUUCUUCUCCCUGCAACAUGUAAUUAUCCUAGAGGCAUUAGGACCACAACAGGUAGAGAGAGCCAUUAAUUUAGAUGGCUCAGCUGUUAGCCCAGAAUGGUUAAAGAAGAACUUCCAUCAACAUAAGCAGUGUAUAUCUACAUGAUAGCUGGGGGUUGGGAAAAGCCCCCAUUUCUGCAGUGUGGAAUAGAUGGGAUUUCAAGCCACAUCUGGCAGAGCUCACAUUCUGAUGAAGUCCUAAGAGUGAAUUUUAAUGGUUUCUUUAUGCCACCUUGUUCUUUUAAAAUAUGAUAACC